UCUAAUACUAGAGACUGGAUUCUAGUAAAUUGUGUUUUCUAUUAUGAAAAUCAGACUUGCAUUUUGGAGGUAGUAGGUGUUAAUGUGGAACCCUAGUACUGCAUGAUAUAUAGAGAUCAGCUGGAAGGUGGACUAGAUGUAUGAUAGGGUACAUGAGAAACCGUGGUGAGUGGUGUAGCAGCAGGUUCAGUAGGAGUGGGUUUAGAGUCUCCUGAAGUAGAGCUAGAGUGGCUUGUGGUUCAGCUUGAGUGGAUGGCUACUGCUUUUAGGAGGUGGAAGUGGAAGCAUUAGGCUUGUCUUUCUUCUCAAGAGAUUAAUUUGUAGCUCGAGUUACACUCUACUUCACCAACCAAAGAUGAUCAUUGGGGUUGAAAUUUGCUUCAUCUGCUCUCAGGGGAAUUUUCAUAUGGAGAAGGUAGGCUAUAACGAAUCAAGGUAAUGGAAGUUUUACCCUCUGUCUCGGCAUUGUCUUUUGCACAUAAACCCAUGAUGGAACUAGAUGAAAUUUUUUUUAUCAAAAUUGGGGAUGCUCUAAAACUCCCCUUAGUUAAAGGGACAAGGGGCAUCUGUUAAAUGGUACAUAAUGUGAUCCAUACUCCCCUUUUCCAACCACAAGCCCCUCAGAAUUUCAAUCAGCUCAGAUCCUAUUUUGGGUGCGUUGUGUGGUUGCUAACAACUCAUAAUUGAUGAGCGCCAUUACCUAACCCACCUCUUUUCUCUUACCAUGCUCCCCUGCCAAAAGUAAAAUUAAUGCAUGUCAAACUUAGAAGCAAUUUUUCGGAGUUGAAGCAAAUAUAUGUUCUGAGGGUGUCACUAAAACAACAGAGUACAAUUUCACAUAUGCAGACCAUCCGAAGUAACUCCAAAAGAAGGGGAAAAUGAGUGUGCCCUUUUAUGCAUACUUUUAUGGAAUCAAAUCUUAUUUGUUCCUUUAUGUUUGACAUAUCAAUUAGAGCAAAGUCACAAACCAACAGCAAAUUAGGCCAGUAAAGGAGAGUUCAUUAGCGGUAUAUUCCAUCUUCUUUUCAUUAAUUCUUUAUGAAUCCAAGAACCUCAUAUGAAAAAUUAAUAUUUCAACACGUGGAUUUCAGAUUUUUGUAUAUAUUUAGCCACUUUCAAAUGGAAUAUUAUGUCUUAAGGUUCAAAGAUACCCACCCAAAAACCAACAAAAGAGGUUGAAAUUUUUCUUAUAUAAAUGGGUGCAGUCACCCUCCCAAAACCAUAUUCUGAACAAGUCUCUCUCAACCAUGAGUGCCUUCUUCACAAUCUUCUUGGUCCUCCUCCCCAUCUUCCUUCUCCUGGCCAGGAGAAGGAGUUUACCAAAAGGGGUCCCUCCAGGUUCACUAGGACUGCCCUUAAUAGGCCAAAGCAUUGGCCUUCUCCGUGCCAUGCGAGCCAACACUGCUGAAAAAUGGCUUGAAGAGAGGAUAAAGAAGUAUGGUCCAAUUUCAAAGUUGAGCCUCUUUGGCCAAUCAGCUGUCUUUAUUUAUGGACAGGCUGCAAACAAGCUCGUAUUCGCCAGUGAUGGCAGCACGAUCAGUAACCAGCAAGCAAAGUCUAAUCAGAUGAUAAUGGGUGAUCGGAAUUUGCUGGAGCUUAGUGGAGAAGAUCAUAAGCGUGUCAGGGGUGCUAUUGUAUCAUUCUUAAAGCCAGAAUCCUUGAAGCAGUAUGUGGGAAAGAUGGAUGCAGAGGUUAGGAAGCAUCUUGAGAUGCAUUGGCAAGGCAAGCAAAGGGUCACGGUAAUGCCCCUGAUGAAGACCCUCACCUUCAACAUUAUUUGUGGCCUUCUAUUUGGGGUUGAGCGAGGAAUCCGAAGGGAGAAACUUGUGGGCAGAUUCCAGGAAAUGAUAGAAGGAAUUUGGUCAGUUCCGGUUAACUUGCCCUUCACCCGCUACAACCGCAGUCUUCAGGCAAGCACAAAGAUCCAAAACAUGAUAAAGGAACUCAUGCGAGAAAAGGAGGUAGAACUUGAGAAGGGUGCGUCUCCUCAUCAAGAUCUCAUCACCUGCUUGCUCAGCAUUCAUGGCAAAAACAAUGAAGAAGUAAUUACAGAGAAGGAGAUUGUGGAUAAUGUCAUGCUUGUCAUGGUUGCCGGGCACGACACUUCUGCUGUUUUGAUUACUUUCUUGGUGCGGCUUCUGGCUAAUGAUCCAGAUGUCUAUGCGGCUGUUCUGAAAGAACAUGAGGAGAUAGCAAAAGGCAAGCCCUCAGGGGAGUUCCUAACAUGGGAAGACCUGGCAAAGAUGAAGUACACAUGGAGAGUGGCACUGGAAACUCUGAGGAUGGUUCCUCCGGUCUUUGCUGGGUUCAGGACUGUAUUGAAAGACAUUGAGUUUGGAGGAUAUCUUAUCCCUGAAGGGUGGAAGAUAUUCUGGGCGACAAAUAUGACACACAUGGACAAUAGCAUAUUCCCGGAGCCAACAAAGUUUGAUCCAACAAGAUUUGAAAACCAAGCAUCAAUUCCACCGUACUGCUUCAUUCCAUUUGGAGGGGGCCCUCGGAUAUGUCCAGGAAUUGAGUUUGCAAGGAUUGAAACCCUUGUUACCGUCCAUCAUCUGGUUACUCGGUUCAAGUGGAAGUUAUGCCAUACCGACAAUUUUUUCGGCAGGAACCCGACGCCAGCACCAACUGGAGGACUACCUAUUGAGAUUACAUCAAUGAACCUAAUGUAGUAUCAUCUGAUUGUCACUCCCUCCUCAAACCUUGAAACCUCACUAUUGCUGUUCCUAUUAGACUAAGAAUCCUCUAUCAACAAGUGCUAGACAAAAAUGCAUCCCUCAAUGUUAGAGCAUGUCCAAAUUAGGCAGGUUGGUUUGAUUCAGAACAUUCAGUCAGUGGUUUACCUCUAUGAAGUUCACAACAGGCCUUGUCAAUAAACAAAUGGUACAAUUUCACAUCUGCAGAACAUCCAAAGUACACUGGAAAAUGAGUUUGUCUUUCUAUGCAUACUUUCAGGGAAUCAAAUCUCAAUUUGUUCUUUUAUGACGGGCAUGUCAGUUAGAGAAAAGUUACAAAG